AUGUGUAUGGAUUUGUAUCCUGGAUUUGCUUUAUAUUGUGGGUUGUAUGAGUUUGUACGGUCUGCCUCCAUUAUCGAUAAUUUGAAGACUAAUGAUAUAUGGUGGAAGGAUCUGAGUGGUGGCGCCAAUGGCAUAAAAGGGGUCUUAAUUAUCAUGGUUGCUGAGUGGAUAGUAAUGUCUUUUGUUGUUUAUUACAUUGAUCAAGUAUUUUUGAUAGGAAGUGGAAAAAGUCCUCUAUUCUUCUUAAAAGGAUUUCAGAAAAAAUAUCUCCCAUUAUUGAAGAAGUCCAGUAUUAAAAGGCAAGGAUCAAAAGUUUUUGUUCAGAUGGAGAAACUCGAUGUCAUUCGAGCGGUGAGUUUUAUGUAUAUUGAGUAA